GUUGCUUGUGUACCGCACGUAAACAGAGCUUUUCACUGUAUUUCGGUACACGUGACAACAAAAUCAAUCAAUCAAUCAAUCAAUCAAGAAUAAAGUGUGUUUUGAUUCAAGCUUAAUGGUGGACCAAUCCAAUCAUAUCUGGAACACAGUGUCUUACACUUGCCUUUAAAACAAAAACAGUUGUGGUCUAGGCUAUCUCUACAAUAUAUUUCGGGAGAGGCCGGUCUGGUCCCUAACAGUAUUAUGUGAGCAGAGAGCCUGGUGAGAAUCAAGGCAGCACAAUAACCUUGUUGAGGAGGAAGGGGCAAAUCCCAGGAUUUUGGGCAGAGACCUACUACAUAUACAACUAUGGCUGUGCAUUGAGGGACUGGAAUCCUCUACAAUUGAUAAAUCUGUCAGAUUGGUAUGGAGUGCUAUGUCUGGGUAAUCUGGCUACAGUUUAUAUCACUUUGCACUCUGGGGAAACCUUUAACGUGUGGGAAUGCUUCAUUCUGUCACAGUGUCGGAGAUGUAGGUGUUCUCUGCAGUGUAGAGAGCCUCAGAAUCCUCCCUGAACCACCAGUGAACUGGGAACUGUGAUAUGUCACAGAUGUCACCCACUACUGGACGACAGGCAUCAAUGGUGUAAAAGUGAAGAAGCAAGAUGACCUUAGACAGCCCGAGGCAGUGACCUGGCUCACUGAUAAUCUUCUUAGGGAAACCUAAGAACCUCAUGCACUGCUCCUCGGAGUGUUGAGGAAUGCGAUAUGCCCCUUGAAGACUCACUGACUAUCCUCUUGAACACUCCUCCUCUUCGUCCUCCCUCUUCCCCAGCUGUAGGCUGCCCUCUCCUGCCUUCCUUGUUCCUCCCAAAUGCCUCAGCUUGGUGGCAGUGCUAUCAGAGUGCCUUGUUGUGAAAACAGACCAAAACCCUGGAGAAAUCUUCUCAGCUGUUGGAAAUAAGUUUUUGAAGAGUUAGAAGAUGGUUCGCAAAAGGACCAAAGCCAAGUCAACAGUCUCAAAUAUGAAAGCAGCAGCUAAUUUGGAUGGAAUGAGUGAGCUACUCAGCACUGCCCAGUCCUUUCUUGACUGCUUGCUUUAGUUCCAUAAGUUGCUGAGUGAGGUUAUCAGUGAGUCAUGCACCGUCUAUCGACAAAGCGUCCUCCAGUAUGCAGAGUAGCCCAAGCCAAUAUGGCAAGCAGCACACUUGUGGUGUGUGAAAGCUCUACACAUCUACCCACCAUGUUCAAUGCUCAGGAACCCUUGUCGUUGCAUUUGAUAUUCAAAUUUUUUGAGUUGUGCUCUCUUAGUCUGGGUUGUUUGAGUCACACAUUGACUUAGCACCCACCGCUCCGAUCUGUUGAAGAAUGGCUGCCUUGUGAAGCAGAACACAUUUAAUUUUUAACAACGUGGUCAGAACUGUUAUGUUUUAGUUACAGCAUAGCAACAGUGAAUUCCUGUCAUUUGACUGAAUUCCCUCCCGGAUUUCUCCCAUUUGGAAAGGAGAAGUGUUUCAGGGUUCACCCUCGAGAACCAUUCAAGCGAAGCAGGGUAGAGUUCUCAACAGGAUCAACAAUAAGGAGAGUCCCAAGUAUCUACCGACUCCAAUCACGAAUAAACAUGACCUGCCAAACACAGGAGGAUGCAGUGAUCAACCUUAAGUCUGUCCAGGAACUGGCCAAAGACCUGGGCUUUCAAUGGACCAUUGUAGCCUCUGAACUGGGCUUCAGCAGGACGGAGAUCAGCCACUUCCAUCGAGCCUCACUGGAGAAAAAGGUGCAAGCAAGGAAAAUGCUAGAGAGCUGGUAUGAGAAAUCCUGGAACAAGGUGAACAAAACAAAGAUGCUGCAGGAUGCUCUGGAGAGGGCUGGGAGGAAGGAUUUGGCAGAUAAGCUACAGUGUCUGCACUGGGGGCACCAGAAACUCAGUCGGCGUGUGGAGCUACCCUCAGCUUUUCCCUUUCUCAUCACCAUACACAAGACCAUUAAUAACCGGGAAGGAUUGCAGAAAAUCAAUCAACUUGGCAAUAAAUAAUAAGGAAAGCCAUUGGCUGUUGUGUCUUUUAGAAUGUGCACAGUGACAUUAAUUGACUUAAAAUGCUGCACCUAUUGCAUAAAUCUGUACUGGUGUGUGAGUUUUAGUAAAACCAG